AAACUACUGAUAACGGUAGCUUCUUCAGCUCAGGUCGUCCGGUACGGCGAAGAUCAACAAAUUCGACGAUGGAAUCUUCUUCAACGUUUAGGCAAGGUCGCAAACCGCCGACGCCGAAGCAGCCGGACCUCUAUUCCACCUUCGUAGUCCACGGCAGCGACUUCGAGAAUGAGCAGAGCAGCGACGAUCUGUACUCCACAGUUGUCUGCAAAGACGACGUCGUUGGAGGUCCGAAGGACGAUGUUUCGCUUCCUCCGAUACUCAAACGCUUCUCCAAGGACGUCUACGGCGGCGGUGCGGUUGAUUCCGAAGGCGAGGAUGAGGCCGACUCUGUUUCCGGGACAAUGAUAGUGAAGAGUAGUCGCCGAAGACGUCUUUCCGCGGUGACGUCGAGUUUAGAUCGGGCGGAGAGGAUCCGGAAGAGUAGGGUUGAGGAGAGCGGGGAGGAUGAUGAUGAUGAUGAUGAGGAAGGGGAUUUCUCUACGUUUGUUAUGAGAGAGGAAGGGAAUUUCUCUACGUUUGUUAUGAGAGAGAGUGAGGGCGUGUCGGGGACAGUGGUGAGGAGGACGAGCAGAAAUGCGAGUGGCGAAGACGGUGGAUUAUCGACGAUGAGUAGAGCCGUGGCGAGUAUGCAGGGCGUCGGGGAGGGUGGGAUGGGGAGGCAGAGGAAAACCGGGAGCGGUGCGGCGUCGGAGGAGGAGACGAGGAUGCAGGCCGGUAAGGUCUCUUCGAGCUCCUUUCCGGAGGGUGUGAUUAGGGAAGACCCUACUACCAAGUACGAAAUUUACCAUGAACUCGGGAAGGGUUCAUAUGGGGCUGUUUACAAAGCUCGAGAUCUGAAGACUUCAGAAAUGGUUGCCAUCAAAGUCAUAUCAUUGUCUGAAGGGGAGGAAGGCUAUGACGAUAUACUUGGUGAAAUUGAGAUGCUGCAGCAAUGCAAUCAUCCAAAUGUUAUUCGCUACUUUGAGAGCUACCAAGGAGAUGAAUACCUUUGGAUUGUAAUGGAGUAUUGUGGAUGUGGAAGUGUUGCUGGUUUAAUGAAUGUAACUGAGGCACCACUCGAGGAGCAUCAAAUAGCAUAUAUUUGCAAAGAAGCGUUGAAGGGUCUCUCUUAUUUGCACUCCAUAUUUAAGGUUCAUAGAGAUAUUAAAGGUGGCAAUAUUUUGUUGACCUCUCAAGGAGAGGUUAAGUUAGGUGAUUUUGGUGUUGCUGCACAGCUGACUAGAACAAUGUCCAAACGUAACACAUUUAUUGGCACUCCUCAUUGGAUGGCUCCAGAAGUUAUUCAAGAAAGUCGGUAUGAUGGAAAGGUAGAUGUAUGGGCGCUUGGAGUAUCUGCAAUUGAAAUGGCAGAGGGGCUUCCUCCAAGAGCAACGGUGCAUCCCAUGAGGGUACUCUUUAUGAUAUCAAUAGAACCAGCUCCAAUGCUUGAGGACAAAGAGAAAUGGUCUCUUUUGUUCCAUGACUUCGUUGCAAUGUGCCUUACAAAGGAUCCCCGUCUUCGCCCAACUGCAGCAGAGUUGCUUAAGCACAAAUUCAUUGAGAAGUGUAAAGGUGGAGCUUGUAUGAUGCUACCCAGGAUUCAGAAGGCAAAACAAAUUAGGUCAUCAAUGGCGGAAGCACAGAAAAUUUCUUCAGUGACCACUCAACAAGAUUUAGGAGGCGGUCCCAAAGUAAAUGAAACAUUUGGAGAUACAGUUCCUGCUGGUCUUAAAGUUGCCGAUGUAGUGUCAUCCACAAUUGUUGUGGAUAAGCAUAAUUCAGAAUAUAUGGAUUCUGCUGAAGAAGAUGACUUUGGGACUCUGAUAGUUCGAGAUGGAGGUAACAUAGAUAAAACAGCUACUAAAAUUGCAGUCAGAAAUGCAGAACUGUCUUCUCCUCUUGAGCGUAUUGGAAGCGCCCGUACGCUUGGUCUUGGUGAAAAACCAAUUGAGCCUUGGUUGCACAAUGAGACGGGCGUAAGUUCCUCAACUGGGGCAUCCCAACCCGGACAAGUGUCAGCCUCUACUUCUCCUGUUCUAGACGAGAAGGGUAACAUCUUUAAAACCCAAGGUUCCUUGAAGAGUGAAACUGUCAGUCGAAAAGCUUUGGAUAAGCUUCGCUCAAUAUACUCAGCCGGUAACACAGUACCAAUCCCCUUACUGAAUGCAAGCGAUGUAUCACCAAUUGCACUUCUGUCUACAGACGUGCUUGGGGCCUGGCAACAAGAUGAUACGCUGCAUGAACUUUUCACUCGCGAUACUCCAUCAAAAAAGGGUCGAAGUAGACAAACCGAGGUUCCCCUUCCUCUAAGCAUACAUCAGCGACUAUCUUCUAGUCCUACUCUGAUGAAUCUAACCCAAGCAUUGGCUUAUCACAGGAUGGCCUUUGAAGAGAUGCCUCUACAGGAAAUGCAAGCUACACAAGAACAACGGACUGUCCAAGGCCUUUGCGAUACACUAAAGACUAUCUUGCGAUUAUAGGUUGAAGAUGUCCCCAGAAGAAACUAACUAGCCAUCCCUGCCUGGAAUGCAAUGCUGUCAAGAGACACUUAUCAGAAAGAGGGGUUCGAUAACCCACAAACUCCGGACACUUUGGAGGGAGACACUCGAUAGGAAAUCAGCUGUUCUAUUAUGUUCUCUAUACAUAUGCAUCACUCUGACAUUCAUCUAUGACUUUAGGUUAAGAUAUUAAUAGUAUCAUUGAACAAUUCAUAUACUGAUAAAAAAUUUGCAGUGGUUGUAACCACACACUGUUUGUCUGUUCGAGUCAUUUGCCAAGGCCUAAGGUGCUUUUAAAGAGAAGAAAGUAGAAUUGAUCCCUUCUGAUGUGUGUACAGCAGGAAAUGUUUACAGGAUAUUACAGCAUUUCAUAGAUCUCUGUGUAUUUCAAAAAUUGUUGUACAUGAUUCUACAUCGAAGGAACUGUUUCUAAGAAGAGGAAUCAAGGCCUCGGCAGGUGGAAGAACAGACAGACAUCUAAAGAAGAAACCUAAUCAACUUACAGGCACAACUGUUCUGUACUCCUUUUCUGUUACUGACCUUAUGCCAUGGGGGUCGGGGACCACAUCGUCUUCCAUGCCUUCUUUCGGAGGGUAGCCAUAUCUCUGCGCCAGCAGCCAUUGAUCAAUUACCCCACAGCUAAUGGCAUACUUGAUGGUUUGUUCCAAGUACCCUUUGUCAGUGACGAGGUGAGGCUGGACUGUCAGCAUUCGCAGGAUACCUGAAUCGUGAUGGGGAUGCAAAUAUUAACCGUUAUGGCCAAACUUCUGAAGGAAACAAAUGAAGGCCUGACAAGAAAUAGAAAUCCGCAUUGCUUUACCUGCAAUAAUGCCAUCUCCCGUUGCAGACAUAUCGGAAGUGUAAGGGGUGAGAGGUGCGUCCUCCAUUCCAAGAACAGCACCGUUAUGCUCCUUUGUAUAGUAAUGUAUCUUUGAAGUGCCAUUAGUUACGAACAAAACCUUUAAAUUUUCAUGCCAAAGUGGAGCAAUAACUUCAGGCGUGUAAUGAGUGAACUUAUCUC